AUGGGGCCCCUGGGGGGUUCACUUCUGAGGUUUUGGGUGGCCCUUGGUGCUGCUGCAGUCCUCCCCUCAGAUGUUUGUUCAUCACAGCAGCAGCAGCAGCAGCAGCUGCCUCCACUCCCCUCCUUUCUGUCCCCAACUGCCCCACUCUGCACAGGGGGCCCCUCUCCCCCUUUGGGGGGCCCCUGGGGCCCCUCAAAGAGGUCUUGGGGGCCCCCAAGCGGGGGGCCCCCAACGCAGCAGCUCCUUUGGAGGAGCCCACUGGGGGGCUCCCCCGAGAGGGCCCCUUCAGGGGCCCCUGCUGGGGGCCCCUCAGGAGAGGGGGUCCCGGGGGGCCCCCACAGGGGGCCCCCAGCAGGGAAGCUAGGGGGGCCCCCAGGGGCCCUCCGGCCAGCUCUGCGCCCCUGGGACAAUCUUGAGAUAUUUCCUUUAGAAGAAGAGGCCCCAGAGUUGGAGGCCCCUGCUGCUACAGUGCACGGGGCUGGGGGGCCCCUCCGGGGGGCCCCUGUACCCCUUGGGGGCCCCCCUAGGGCCCCCACAGCUCGGCUGCCUCGUGGAGAGUUCCGGCCGAAGCAAAGUUUGGGUCAGAACUUUUUGGCGGACUCCAACAUUUGUCGGCGAAUAGUAAAGGCAUUUAAAGCUGCUGUUGCUGCAGCAGACCUGCGCGAGCAGCAGCAGCAGCAGCAGCAGCAGCAGCAGCAAGGGGGGAGCCGCAGCAGCAGAGUGGUCGAGGUGGGCCCUGGGACGGGGGCCCUGACCCGUUUGCUGUACCCUCUUUUCCCUGACAUGCUUGCUGUGGAAAUAGACCCCAGGGCCAUUUCCCUCCUCAGCCAAAGGCUUCCGGGCCUCCAGAUGCUGCACGAGGAUGUCUUGCAGGUCAACUGGCCGUAUCUUGCGCACCACAUGAAUCGUCUGCGCAUUGUUGGCAAUCUCCCCUUUUACCUCACGAGCCAACUGCUCUUUUGCCUGCUGGACUGCCGCCAAUAUAUCGACUUAGCUGUAGUGACACUCCAAAAGGAGGUGGCCGAGGUGGAGUCUGCUGUGGUGCUCGUUGAGUUCCGCCACGAAAGCGACGAAGAAAUUCUGGGGGGAGUUAGUGCAAGAGACCUCAAGAAGGUCCUGUUUGCUGCUUUUGGACAGCGACGAAAGAUGCUGAGACAAAGCCUGAAGGUGAGCAGCUGCGCGGGCCUUUAG